AUGCCAAUAUCUGAAUUGGAAUUUCUCGAAGAAGGCUUCAUCAUCGUUGUACGGCCAUUCAGUCCAGCUGGAUCCUUAAAAGAUGAAAUAUACCAGUCACGCUGUCUCGACAAUCAUUUGGAUAAAUACAUUCAUCACGGUCAGCCGCUCCCUUACAUUCAAAUACAAACCUAUGCUAAUCAAAUUCUAAAGGCUUUACUUUUCUUACAACAAAACGGUUUUCCGCCAUUUGGUCACUUGCAUUCUGGGAAUGUUAUCUUGCAUAAUGGUAUCUGCAGACUCACAGAAAUUGAGAGUACCUUAUUCCAACAGAGUAUUCAUCUUUAUCCAACUAUAAAGAAGAAAUUAGCCGACGCUCCAUCGUAUGCCAUAUCAGCAUUAACAUUUGCCCACCUUUUAUUUGAGAUGUCCACAGGAUUCGAACUCGACUGCGCUCAACCAAGAACUGACCAUUUGACCUGCUGCGUAUACCCGGAUGUUACAAAUGUGCUGGAUUUUAUAUUCAACCAUAAGCCAGGACAAUCACCGACUCUGGAAGUUAUUUCCAUGUUACCAUUUUUUAGAGACGUGCCGCAUCCAGUAUUGCAGAACUAUAAACCUUCACAUGUUUUCGAGCGGAAAGAAGCUGAAAAAAAGACGAGCUUCAACAACGUCAAGUCGGGAAACUCUUUUGGAACCAAGACCCAGCACCAGUUACACGUUGCCACUAGAACCUCUGGCGUCGCAUUCCCCAUUGGUUCAACAUAUACCACCACCACCACCGCCUCCGGCCCCGCUUCCGCCGCUAGUACCUAUUGUCUCUCCACCCACCAGCUCUGUCCCUACGAGGACUGCAUCAAGCGGACGACUGGCACUGCUGACCUCUCCUCCCACUCUCUUUUUCAUCACCGUAAUCUUCUCUUUCGUCUUUCGUUCAUUUCUCAUUCCCGAAUCUCUUUUCUUCUUUUUCUUUAUCUUACAUUCUCUCUCUCUCUCUCUCUCUCUCUCUCUCUCUCUCUCUAUCUCUCUCUCUACGCGUUGUUCUGUUUAUAUUUGGUGCCGUUUCAUUUACCAAAUUGUGCGUCCGCGUCCGGAUUGGUUCGACUUGGCGGAGAGACACCUAGCGAAAACCCACGUGGUUUCCUUGAGAUCAAAUUCACAGCGUGGGCAAGGGAGUUCACUGUGGGUGGAGUCGACCGGCUUCUAGCUACCUGCCUCGUCGCUGUCGACGAAGAAUUCGUUCCGGGACGAGGGACCUUCGUGUCAAAAAGAAAGAAAAAGAAUUUAUUUUCUCUCUUCUCCCCUCCUCCCUUCCUCUCUCUCUCUCUCUCUCUCUCUCGCUCGCUCGCUCGCUCGUUCGGUCUCGCUCUCUUUAUUUCUAUCGCACUCACCUUUUUAUUCUUCUUUUUCUCCAACACUGGAUCGUCAAUAAUCACGUUCGGACCUGUUGUAGGGUGGCAGAAUGUUUACGCCGGUGUCCGCUUACCAGUUUCUCUUUUCUUUUUCUCUCUCUCUCUCCCUCCCUCUCCUUCUUUCAAUCGUUUUCUUUUAAUAGUAUUUGGUCCUUUUUUUUCAUAUCUAUCUAUCUAUCUAUCUAUCUAUCUAUUUUAA